AUGCCCCCAUUAAACGGUGGUGAUGACACAGUUCGGGUAUUAAGAAACCACCAUACGAUUAUGAUAUCAUUGGGACAACCCCAUCUGAAGCUUCUAAUUGAGGUUCACUAUCGCACAGUGGUCAUCAUGAAUGGCCCACUUCCAUCCGCAACAGAGACAAGAACAACUCAAUACCCUCUCGAUCGUCUCAUGGUGUUUAGUUUGUCCCGACAAGAACUCGAAAAAGUAAUACCAAAGUAUUACGACAUGAGUGUUCUUUCAAAGAACAAAACAAAUGAAUUAUAUGAAAAAAUGGAAAAUCGGUUGACUUUGCCGAUUCGAUGGGAUUCUCUAAUUGUGGAGGCCAUCAUCUCAAAGGUGAUGGACAUAGACACACGCAAAAGCAGUAAUAGUCCAAGAGAUUAUAAUUCUGCACAAGAUGUCCAAGCAAAAGAGAAAAUCGUCAACAAAAUGCUAUCGAGAACAUUUGCCAAACUCAAGGUAGACGAGAUGGUUGCAAAAUAUCAAAUCCUCCGAUAUGCACUCCUUGACCCAGAUCUGAAUCCAAUUGGCUGUUGCCACUCUUAUAAAACCGCCUUUGCCAACUCCAUUUGCAAUAGUUACUCGGCCGAGGUGGCCGAGACCUGCAAAAGGAUGGUGGAGAGUGCUUUAGACCGUCAAGAUGACCGAAACAUAUUCCACCACGAGUCCAAGUUGGUGUCGGAUCUUCUGGAGGAUAUACUUGCCAAAAUAGAUGAUGGUGAGAUCGGUGAAGGGUACCAAGCUCUCAAACUAAUAUUUUCAUCUCAACCAUUAAAAGAUCAUAAUUUGGAAUGCGAAAAGAAAAGGUCAAAAUUAAAAGAGGAAAGAGAGGCCAAGCAAAAUCAAGAGCCAGCCAUUCCCAAGGAAAAAAAAAAGAAGAAACAGUUUUUGGGUGACAAAAGGCCUGAAAACUUUGAUGAAAUCAAUUUUGAUGGAACUGUUUAUUCAAUAUCAAAUUUGGCCACAGAUUUAGAGAUUGAUAGCAAAAAUGUAAAGAAAUUAAAGGUUGAAGAACAUAUAUCUGGUGAUUAUUUACAAUCUGAACUCUCAUCAAAGUUGGAAGCGUUGAUCCAAUCAUCAACAUCAAUAAGUGCCUGGAGUGGAGAGGACAAUUCAAUCGAUUUUUCAAAGUUGACAAAAGAUCAAUAUCCAUCUUUAAUGGAUUUUUGUGAAUCAAAUGGAUACAAGUUUCCAAAAGGAUAUGACCCUACAGGAUUGAAAUCCCUCAUGACGUCCGAUUUGGAGACGAUAAAAACUACUCCUUUCGCAUUGAAUAGCUUUGCACCACAAGCAAAAUUCAACAGUACUUUUAUCCCAUUCUCGAUAGAGUUGUUUGUCAGUAUAAUCGUCAACUCUGGAAUAGAUAUGUCCCUUGGUUUGACCGACAAACACAAAAUAUUAAGGUAUAUUUCAAAAAUAUUACCUAAUUUGGAAAAAGAAAUUGGUCAUCCAUUGGAAAGUGGCUAUCCAUUGGAUAGAUUUAAGUUUUUCGACAAGGAAAUUGAGAUCCUCAAAGCUUCGCACUUGGCUUCUUUUCCUUCAUCGUCAGAUGUAACAAUAUCACCAUCCUCUUCGUCUGAUGUAACAACAUCACCAUCCUCUUUGUCUGAUGUAACAAUAUCACCAUCCUCUUCGUCUGAUACAACAACAUCACCAUCCUCUUCGUCUGAUACAACUACAUCUCCAUCCUCAUCAUCAAAAAAAAAAAGAGGUAGAACUCGUAGUGAGAUUGUGGAUAUAAAGUUAGAAAAAUUCCCUGAUUUUAAAGAUUUUAAAUUGGAGGAUCUUAAUCGACAAUUGGAACUUAGAGAUAUCGAAUCCCCAAACAUUGAUACACAAGUCCAAGAAGAGGAAAAUAUUAAAAGAUUGAAAUUGGUUUUAUGGCAAGACAUGAAGACUUUGACUACAGCAAAUCCAGUCAAGUUAGCAUUUUAA